CCUCCUCUACGACAGGGCCGGCACCGUCCAGGCCCAGUGCGCAGGCGCGGAAAGUUGAACUAAUAAAAGUUUGUUCGAGUUCGGUGGAGGUGGCGGUAGCGGACCCGGGGACCAGAUCCAUCGCUCAGCCCCGUCUCUCACAGGCGCCCCCAUGGCCGGCUCGGAAGAGCUGGGGCUCCGGGAGGACACGCUGAGGGUCCUAGCUGCUUUCCUUAGGCGGGGUGAGGCUGCCGGGUCCCCCGUCUCAACCCCUCCCAGGAGCCCUGUCCAGGAGGAGCCAACAGACUUCCUGAGCCGCCUCCGAAGAUGUCUUCCUUGCUCCUUGGGUCGAGGAGCAGUUCCCCCUGAGUCCCCUCGGCCUUGCUCCCUGCCCCUUCGCUCCUGCUAUGGGUCACAGCCUGGCCCAGCUACUCCAGACUUCUAUGCCCUGGUGGCCCAGCGACUAGAAGAGCUGGUCCAAGAGCAACUGAGAUCCCCACCCAGCCCAGAGUUACAGGGCCCCCCACCCACAGAGAAGGAAGCCCUGCUGCGGAGGCUGGUGGCCUUGCUGGAAGAGGAGGCAGAAGUCAUCAACCAGAAGCUGGCCUCGGACCCGGUCCUGCACCGCAAGCUGGCCCGCCUCUCCGCUGGCUCCUUUAGCCGCCUAGUGGAGCUGUUCUCCAGCCGGGAGGGCAGCCCUCGCCCCUCCUUGCCGUGUCCUGGGCCCCCGCCGCCUUCUCCGGAGCCCCUGGCCCGCCUGGCCCUGGCCAUGGAACUGAGCCGCCGCGUGGCCCGGCUGGGGGGCACCCUGGCUGGACUCAGCAUAGAGCACGUGCACAGCUUCACGCCUUGGAUCCAGGCCCACGGGGGCUGGGAGGGCAUCCUGGCAGUUUCGCCCGUGGACCUGAACUUCCCCCUGGACUGAGAUCCUCCUCAGCAGCUGCUGCAAGAUUGAACCUCAGGUCCCCGGGCUCCCUCGUGUGCAUCUCAAGCCUUCCUGUUCUACUCAGGACUGUGGGGCGGUGGCUUCCCGCCCUGGUUUUGCCAAAAAGAAAUUGUUUAUUUUUUUUCCAUAUUA